AUGGUGAAUCCGGCUAUCGCUGUUCCGGCGGUUAGUGCCCUCGUUUUUCGCGCCUGGUCCCGCAAAACAUUGACCCCGGCCGGGAUCUUUGCCGCGGCCACCACCGCUGUUAUCCACGUCCUUCAUCCGUGGAUAUUGCCGUUUCUACUUUUGACCGUCUUCUACCUUGGUGGAAGCCAAGCGACAAAGGUCAAGCAUGAUAUCAAAGCCCAAUUGACAUUAUCGGCCUCCGGUGCUCGUGGCGGCGAGGGCGCUCGCAACCAUCUUCAAGUACUUGCAAACUCGAUUGUUGCCACUGUUAUCGUCGCAUUACAUAUCUAUUUUAUGUGGAAGGAGGAACGAUACGCGGCAACUUGUUUCGCUCAAGGCGCGGAUAUUGGUGAUGUAUUUGUAAUUGGCUUCAUUGCAAAUUAUGCAGCCGUCGCAGCAGAUACGUUCUCGUCCGAACUCGGCAUCUUGUCUAAGACACCACCUCGACUCAUCACGUCUCCAACUCUAAAAGUCGUUCCACCCGGCACCAAUGGCGGAGUUACACUAGCUGGGCUUCUUGCAGGCGUCUUUGGGGCCUUUACUGUGGCAUUAACGUCGGUUCUAUUUGUACCCUUCUGCGCGGAAUCGUGGUCGCUUUUCGACCGCCUCGGAUUUGUAAUUGCGGUUACCGUAUGGGGGACACUUGGAAGUCUCCUUGAUAGUUUCUUGGGCGGGUUUCUCCAAGCUAGUGUCGUCGAUAAGAGGACUGGAAAGGUUGUCGAGGGUGACGGCGGCCGCAAGGUGCUGGUCCGGCCAUCAUCCACCAAACCGUCGGCAACAACCGAUAGUGAUGUGGCCAAGUACGACAGCGAUAUCCAUGCAACGGAAUCUACUGCCAACGCAGUCAGUAGGACAGCUACAAGCGCCGGUCUUGCGUCGGCUAAAUCUCAACAACCCUCUAGGGUUGUGAGCGCUGCUGAGGGGGGCCAUAAUAGUCGAAAAGUUGAAACUGGGUUUGAUAUUCUCGACAACAAUGCUGUGAAUGUGUUGAUGGCUGCUAUAAUGAGCGUAGGCGCAAUGGUUCUUGCCGGCUAUUACUGGAAUAUACCUUUGCAAAUUGGUGAGGUGUUCUCAUGA